AACAAGAAGAAAGCAGCCAAUAUAUAUGAAUUUGUCAAAUUUUCAACCACUACUAAUACUACUACCAAUCCCACUACUCCCUUUAAUUAAAUCUACUCUCUUCAUUAAUAUUACUCAAUUAUUCCCUUUUUUGUUCUGUAAUUAGUAAUCUAAUCUCCAAAUUUCAUCUCCUUCCUUAUAAUUCUUACUAAUAUCACUUUAUUUUUAGUUAAUCAGUUAAUAAUCACUCCUUAAUUCACUUAAAUUAAGUCGUUGAGCUCUCACUUUCUAAUUCAGGUCGUUUGUUAGUUAGUUCCAAUUUGUUUUUAAUUUUACUCUACUUCUAAGCAACCCUUUUGUUUCUUCUACUUAAUUAAUCUUCUCUUAAUGGCCUGGUUUGUUUCUUUCUCCAUUUCUUCUCUUCAAAGUUUGUAUCUUUUUGCAUUGAAUUUCUGAUUAUUGAAGUGGGUUUUUUUGGUGGAGUUGUUUGAAAUAAAGGUUUUUUUUUGAUAUGGUUGACUCUGGAAUUUUAGGUUUUCUUGAUAAAAGGAGACAUUUUGGUUUUGUGAUUAAGGUUUUUUUUGGGUUAUGGUUUGGGUUUAUGAUUCUGCAGCCUGUGGCUGGUGUUAGACCUUUGAAGGAGCGGGCUCGGUCGUGGGGGGAUGAGUGGCUAAUUGUUAAAAAGGAUGAAAAUGAUCUGGGUCCAUUUACUGCAUGGAAUAUAACUGGAACUUACAGAGGGAAUUGGAAAUUCCUAGAUUCCACAAAUAGCUCUUCAAGGUUUCCGGAUUUCAGGAAAUCCAAUGGAGAAUCUGUCGUUGAAUUAGUCAGCACACCAACAAAAAUAACUGGUGUGCAUUAUGUCCAGGGUGUUAUUAUUUUCCAUGAUGUGUUUGACAAUUCACAUAAUGUUGGCGGCGCACAAAUCAGGGUGGAGGGUGUUUAUAUAUGGCCCUUUAGACAACUUCGCAUGGUAGCUAACAGUGGGAAAGAAGGAGAGUUAAAUCUAGAAGAAGAUUUGAUGUUAUCUAAUCCAUAUCAUUUGCUUGGAGCAUUCUCAUCUCAAGUAUUCCAAGAAUCUCCACGAGAUAAAAUAUGGAGAAGAAAAAAUUCACCAAUUUAUGAGAUGGAGAAACAUUGUAAUAUUGAAAUUGCAGCCCAAAUCACUCGUGUCUCAUCCAGCCAAAGCGACGGAGAUCAUGAUCGUUAUCACUUGGAAGGAUUAAUGCAGAGUCCUUCUGUUGAUGAUGAUGGGGAUUGUUUCUCCCCCUUGCUUCUAAAUGCUACUUCUGUCAACAUUGAAGUGUACUAUAACAAAGCAGUGAAUUAUACAUUGAUGGUCACCUUUGUCUCUUUCCUUCAAGUUCUUUUGUUGAUUCGGCAGAUGGAACACAGCAACACCCAAUCAGGAGCUGCUAAAGUUUCCAUCUUAAUGAUCGGGCAGCAGGCUAUCAUGGAUGCUUAUCUCUGCCUCUUACAUCUGACAGCAGGAAUUUUAGUUGAAUCGUUGUUUAAUGCAUUUGCUACUGCUGCUUUUUUCAAGUUCGUAGUUUUUUCAAUUUUUGAGAUGAGAUAUCUUCUUUCUAUAUGGAAAGCAAGUAGACCUUUGAGUAGUGGUGAAGGUUGGGAAACAAUGAGGCGUGAGCUCUCAGUUCUAUAUAGCCGUUUUUAUGGGAUCCUUUUGGGUGGAAUUCUGGUUAUGUACGAGUUCCAUAAUUUUUUGCGACCAAUUCUGUUCCUAAUGUACUCUUUUUGGAUACCUCAAAUAAUCACUAAUGUUAUUCGGGAUUCAAGAAAACCUUUGCACCCCCAUUAUAUCUUAGGCAUGACAAUUACUCGGCUGGCUAUCCCAUUAUAUAUAUUUGGAUGCCCUAACAACUUCAUGCGCAUUGAUCCUGACAAGAGUUGGUGCAUAUGUUUGAGUGUGUUUAUGGGACUGCAAGCGUCAAUCCUUCUUCUUCAACAUUAUCUUGGGUCUCGAUGGUUCAUUCCUCGACAGAUUCUACCAGAGAAAUAUAGCUACUAUAGAAGGUUCGACCCGGAUACAAAUCAUACGACGGACUGUGUUAUUUGCAUGACUUCAAUUGAUCUCACUCAGCGUUCUAACGAUUGCAUGGUUACACCAUGUGAUCAUUUUUUUCAUUCUGGUUGCUUACAAAGGUGGAUGGAUAUCAAGAUGGAAUGCCCAACUUGCCGGCGUCCUCUGCCACCAGCUUAGGGAAAUGACAGUUUUUGUUUAUAUUACAUAGGAUUAAUUGACAUCGCUCAACUGCUAAUUACGGUUGACAAAAAGAACCCAAAUUUUGGUUGGGUACAGCUUCAGAAAAAUAUAGGGAAGAUAAAGGCAUAAACAUGGAAGUUUCACUGGUGCUGGCUGCCUGCAACCACUUGUAAUUUGACACCUUUUGUAUUAAUUGUAAAAUGUAGUAUAUAUUGUUAAUCUUUAACUCCAUGCAAACUGCACCAAUGAAGAUUAUUUCCAAUUUAACCA